GCUACCCCAACCUCGGGGCUCAAUCCUAAUUGAGACUCGGUCCAAUGAGGCAGCUGAGAUCCAUGGUCACUGGGACACACCCGUGGACCCCGGUGGAUGGGCUGACGUCCCAGGCCGGGUUCAGACUGGCCCAGGCGGUUUGGCGCCGGGCCUAGUGCUCCUGGGGUUCGGCCGGAAGCGGCUAGCGAACCUGGUAGAAGGGCCAAUCCGCGGUGGGGCGCGAUAGCCUGGACCAAAUGGAACAUGACUGGAACCUAGGUAGAGUGGAACGCUGGAACGCUGAAGUGUGGACGAGCCCGGUCGCUCAACGAGAAGGUCGGCCAGGCCCAAGGUGGUGGUAACCUGUCGGGCGAUGGACGAGUGACGGCAGCCUUCGGCAAGGUUUCUCGCCCUCACCACGUGGUGAGCUUGUCCUGGAUGUCGCCAGUCAGGAUAUCGCUCAGGGCGUAAACCGUAGGUGCUUCUUGGUUGAAGUUGUCAACAUUGUGGCUUGAGGAUUGGUGGGCCCUGGAUCGAAAGUUUGGAUCCGCCCGCUCAAUCCGUAUCCCUCAAGUCCGUCUCGGUGGGCCAGUGGCCAGUGGCCGGCCUCCUCCUCCCGGGUUAACUGACCCGGGCACGGACGCGUACCCGCUCUGAACGGAACACCACGAUGAAGUAUAUUCUGGUUACGGGUGGUGUGAUCAGCGGCAUUGGCAAGGGGGUGGUGGCUAGUUCCUUGGGCGUGAUCCUCAAACACUGCAACGUGCCCGUUACUAGCAUCAAGAUCGACCCUUACAUUAACAUCGACGCUGGAACGUUUUCACCUUAUGAGCACGGCGAAGUCUACGUCUUGGAUGAUGGCGGUGAAGUGGACUUGGACUUGGGCAAUUACGAAAGGUUUUUGGAUGCCACCCUUCGUCGAGAUAACAAUAUCACCACGGGCAAGAUCUACCAACACGUCAUUAUGAAAGAGCGUCGUGGCGAUUACUUGGGUAAAACCGUGCAAGUGGUACCCCACAUCACGGAUGCCAUUCAAAAGUGGGUGGAAAAUGUGGCUAUUUUGCCCGUGACCGAUGACUUUCGCCCACCUGAGGUGUGUAUCAUUGAAUUGGGCGGCACUAUCGGCGAUAUUGAAGGCAUGCCCUUCGUGGAGGCAUUUCGUCAGUUUCAAUUCCGAGUGGGUCGAAACAACUUUUGUUCGGUCCACGUGUCUUUGGUGCCCCAACCCAAGGCCACGGGGGAGCACAAGACCAAGCCCACGCAAGCGAGUGUGCGCGAACUCCGCGGAUUAGGUAUCUCUCCGGAUCUCAUCGUUUGCCGGAGCGAAAGACCCGUCGAUGAGUCGGUCAAAGAGAAGAUCUCAAGUUUUUGUCACGUCUUGCCCGAGCAAGUCAUCAACAUCCAUGACUGCCCCACCAUCUAUCAUGUGCCUUUGGCACUUCAACAACAGGGAAUCAUUGCCCUCUUGUCUUCCAAGAUGUGCUUUGAAAUGCCCAUCGAGAGACCGCGGAAGUUCAUGAGCAAGUGGAAAGCCAUGGCCGGGCGAGCCGAGCAUUUGCGACGGGAAGUCCGAAUAGCGUUGGUUGGAAAGUACACCAAAUUGGAAGAUGCAUACACGUCUGUCAUUAAAGCCCUUAAUCAUGCUGCAUUGGCUGUGAAAUAUCGUCUGAAGCUCACCUACAUCUCGGCCGCUGAUCUGGAAGUCGAAACCAAGAGCACUGAACCCGUUCGCUUCCAUGACGCUUGGCGCACCCUCUGCGAUUGUCAAGGAGUGUUGGUACCCGGGGGAUUCGGGACUCGUGGUGUAGAGGGUAAGAUCGCAGCCGCUCAUUGGGCCCGCACCACGGGUAAACCGUUUCUGGGCAUCUGCCUGGGCCUCCAAUGUGCCGUCAUCGAAUUUGCCCGCAACGCCCUUCAUCUGGCCGAUGCCAACUCGAUUGAAAUCAACCCGAAUACUGGUCAUCCCGUGGUGGUGGAAAUGCCCGAACAUAACCCUGGAGAUCUGGGUGGAACGAUGCGUUUGGGCAAAAGAAAAACCGUGUUCAAAGAGCCUAGCUCGAUUUUAAGACAUCUAUAUGGAGACUUGGAUGAGAUUGAGGAACGCCAUCGGCACAGGUUUGAGGUUAAUCCCAAGUAUAUAAAGGACCUAGAAUCUGCGGGUAUGAAGUUUGUGGGCCAGGAUGUGGACAACGUGCGAAUGGAGAUUAUGGAACUGGAUGGUCAUCCCUUCUAUGCUGCCGUGCAAUACCAUCCCGAAUAUUUGUCUCGCCCAAUGCGCCCAUCUCCCCCGUACCUGGGGCUCAUCUUGGCCGCUACGAACCGUCUGCAGCUCUUCCUGAACAAAGGUGUAGUAUCCCGGGCCUCGACUCGAGUGAGUCACACCCACUCGUUGGAUUCCGAUUCGGACGAAGAAUUCACGAAAAUGGUGCGAUCGCUGAGUGUGUGCGGGGCUCCCAAACCCGCUCGACAACCACCCUUAGAACACUCGCCCAGUAGUGGGUCGAUCGCUUCCAGCCAAGGCGACCAUCAGCCCAGUGACGACGGCGACGGCAUCAGCAAGUGAAUGAAGCUCCAUCCUAUGACCACGACGUCCUACCGCUAUCAUUUAUAAAGGGCAUAUUUUUACCGGCCCAAGUGCUCAAUCGAUCAAUAAGAAGAAGGAAUAAGAACAACCUAA